GCGACGGAGCGGGGUGUGAAGAUGGCGGACGAGGAGGCCGAGCGGGAGAGGGUGAGCCGCGGCCGAGGCGGCUGCGUGGCGGAGUUGCAGCGCCUGGGCGAGCGGCUCCAGGAGCUGGAGCGGCAGCUGCGGGAGAGCCGGGUGCCGGCCGUGGAGGCGGCCACGGAGUACUGUCAGCAGCUGUGCCAGACACUCCUUGAGUAUGCAGAGAAGUGGAAAACUUCAGAAGAUCCCUUACCUUUGUUGGAGGUAUACACAGUGGCUAUCCAAAGUUAUGUUAAAGCCCGGCCUUAUCUUACCUCUGAAUGUGAAAAUGUAGCGUUGGUUCUGGAACGCUUGGCAUUAAGCUGUGUUGAACUUUUACUGUGUUUGCCUGUUGAGUUGUCAGAUAAACAGUGGGAACAGUUUCAGGCACUGGUACAGGUAGCUCAUGAAAAGCUGAUGGAGAAUGGCAGCUGUGAAUUGCAUUUUUUAGCUACUCUAGCUCAAGAGACUGGGGUGUGGAAAAACCCGGUACUGUGCACUAUUCUUUCCCAGGAACCAUUGGAUAAGGAUAAAGUGAAUGAAUUUUUAGCUUUUGAGGGUCCCAUCUUGUUGGAUAUGAGAAUUAAGCAUCUAAUCAAAACAAAUCAAUUAAGUCAAGCAACUGCUCUAGCCAAGCUGUGUUCUGAUCAUCCUGAGAUUGAUACAAAAGGUAGUUUUAAGCAAACUUACCUUGUCUGUCUCUGUACAUCAUCACCAAAUGAAAAGUUAAUCGAAGAGAUUUCAGAAGUUGACUGCAAGGAUGCCCUAGAGAUGAUUUGUAACUUGGAAUCAGAGGGUGAUGAAAAAAGUGCUCUUGACUUAUGUACUGCAUUUUUGUCACGGCAACUUCAACAAGGAGAUAUGUACUGUGCUUGGGAACUCACUCUCUUUUGGAGUAAAUUACAACAAAGAGUAGAACCAUCUAUACAAGUAUACCUAGAAAGGUGUCGUCAGCUUUCUCUAUUAACCAAGACGGUUUAUCACAUUUUCUUCCUGAUUAAAGUCAUUAAUUCAGAGACUGAAGGGGCUGGACUUGCCACCUGUAUAGAACUGUGUGUUAAAGCACUUCGCUUGGAAUCUACAGAAAAUACUGAAGUGAAAAUAUCCAUUUGCAAGACCAUUUCAUGCUUGUUGCCUGAUGAUCUGGAAGUUAAGCGUGCUUGUCAACUAAGUGAAUUUCUUAUUGAGCCAACAGUAGAUGCAUACUAUGCUGUGGAAAUGUUAUAUAAUCAACCAGACCAGAAAUAUGAUGAAGAGAAUCUUCCAAUACCAAAUUCUCUACGCUGUGAGCUCUUGCUUGUGUUGAAAACUCAGUGGCCCUUUGAUCCAGAAUUCUGGGACUGGAAAACCUUAAAACGACAGUGUCUUGCAUUAAUGGGGGAAGAAGCAUCCAUUGUGUCUUCAAUAGAUGAACUAAAUGACAGUGAAGUUUAUGAGAAAGGAGUAGACUACCAGGAAGAGAUUAAAGAAACUUCAGUAAAUGGACUUUCUGGUGAAAUUGGUGUUAAUUCCGGCCUCCUCAAAGACAUUUGUGAUGAAAAGCAAAAGAAGAAAGAAAUCAAACAAUUAAGAGAGAGAGGCUUUAUUUCUGCUAGGUUUAGGAAUUGGCAGGCCUACAUGCAGUAUUGUGUACUAUGUGACAAAGAAUUCCUUGGUCAUAGAAUCGUGCGACAUGCUCAAAAACAUUACAAAGAUGGGAUUUACAGUUGCCCCAUUUGUGCUAAGAACUUUAAUUCUAAAGAAACUUUUGUUCCUCAUGUCACAUUGCAUGUUAAACAAUCUAGUAAAGAGAGACUAGCAGCUAUGAAACCAUUAAGAAGAUUGGGAAGGCCUCCGAAGAUCACCACUACAAAUGAGAAUCAGAAAACUAAUACUGUGGCCAAACAGGAGCAGCGGCCUAUUAAAAAAAAUAGUCUCUAUUCAACAGACUUCAUAGUAUUUAAUGACAAUGAUGGUUCAGAUGAUGAGAAUGAUGACAAAGAUAAAUCUUACGAACCAGAAGUAAUCCCAGUGCAGAAACCAGUACCUGUUAAUGAAUUUAAUUGCCCUGUAUCUUUUUGUAAAAAGGGCUUUAAGUACUUUAAAAAUUUAAUUGCUCAUGUAAAGGGGCAUAAAGAUAAUGAAGAUGCCAAGCGCUUUCUUGAGAUGCAAAGCAAGAAAGUUAUUUGCCAGUACUGUAGAAGGCAUUUUGUAAGUGUCACUCAUCUCAAUGAUCAUUUACAAAUGCACUGUGGCAGUAAACCAUAUAUCUGUAUACAGAUGAAAUGUAAAGCCGGUUUUAAUAGUUAUGCAGAGCUCUUAACACACCGAAAGGAACACCAAGUCUUUAGAGCAAAGUGUAUGUUUCCUAAAUGUGGUAGAAUUUUUUCAGAAGCUUAUUUACUAUAUGAUCAUGAAGCACAACAUUAUAAUACCUACACUUGUAAGUUCACAGGUUGUGGUAAAGUUUAUCGGUCUCAGAGUGAACUAGAAAAACAUCUGGAAGAUCACAAUAAUCCUGAGAAAGUGCUGCCUCCUGAAGACCAGCUUAAUUCAUCUGGAGAGCCUCUGCAGCCUUCUAAAGUAAAUCAGAGCACAGAAGGGAACACUGAGAAAGAAAAAGAGACAUCCGGGCUGGCUUUAGAAAAUAAUACUCAAAAUGCCAUGUCUGCAGAUAGAAGUAAUUCUUGCAAAAGCAAGGCAGAAUCAGCUAUAACCAAACAAGACCAAAUUUCUGCUUCUGAAUUUAGCCAGUCUGAUGGACCUUUGUCAAAUGGCUUAGAAAAUCCUGUUACUACUCCUCUCCUUCAGGCUAGUGAAGUUGCUGUGUCCAUUAAGGUGUCACUCAAUCAAGGGAUUGAGGACAACUUUGGAAAGCAAGAAGGCUCAGCUGUGGAAGAUUCUGGUGAAUCAUUGGUGACAAACUUACAUACUCCAGUUGAAAAUACUUGUAAUGAUUUGUGUCAUCCAGGUUUGCAAGAGAGGAAAGAACAGGAUUGCUUUAAUGAAACUCAGAUUCCUCAGAACUCUUUAGUAAAUUCAGAAACACUCAAAAUAGGUGACCUUUCCUCACAAAAUUUGGAAAGACAAGGGAACAACAUGGUGACCUUUUCUGUGCAAAAUCAAGCAGGGUUUCAGAAUUUACCAGCUUCCAAGUUUGAAUGUGGAGGUAAUGUUAAAACACCAUCCAGUCUUUAUAAUUUACCUCUUAAGACUUUAGAAACUAUUGCUUUUGUUCCUCCUCAACCCAACCCAACCUUGGGAACUCCAUCAGUGCCUCCAAAAGCGCCAGUUCAGAAAUUUAGUUGCCAGGUUGAGGGUUGUACUCGAACAUAUAAUUCUUCACAAAGUAUUGGGAAACACAUGAAGACAGCACACCCUGACCAAUAUGCUGCAUUUAAAAUGCAGCGCAAAGGUAAAAAAGGUCAGAAAUCUAACAACUUAAAUGCACCAAAUAAUGGAAAGUUUGUUUAUUUUUUGCCGUCACAGGUGAGCAGCUCUAACAAUGCAUUUUUUACACCACAAACCAAAGCCAGUGGGAAUCCUACAUGUUCAACUCAAUUGCAGCAUAUCGCCCCUUCCAUUUUCCCAGCUCAUUUAGCAAGUGUGCCCACCCCACUGUUGCCCUCAGUAGAAAGUGUCAUUAAUCCAAAUAUACCUUCUCAGGACAAAAAUGAACAAGGGGGUAGUAUGUUACGUUCCCAGAUGGAAAAUUUAUCUAAUACCACCUUGCCAGCACAAAUGGAAGAUCUAACCAAAACAGUUUUGCCUUUGAAUAUUGAUAGUGGCUCCGAUCCUUUCCUUCCUUUACCUGCAGAAAGUAGUUCCAUGUCUCUCUUCCCUUCACCAGCUGAUACUGGGACUAACUCUGUUUUUUCCCAACUGGAAAAUAGUACGAAUCAUUUUUCCUCACAGAUUGAAGGAAACGCCAAUUCCUCCUUCCUAAAAGGGGGUAAUGGUGAAAAUACAGUUUUUCCUUCUCAAGUGAAUGUUGCAAAUGAUUUCAGUAGCACAGGUGCCCAGCAGUCUGCACCUGAAAAAUCCAAGAAAGACCGUGGACGGGGCCCAAAUGGUAAAGAAAGAAAACCCAAGCACAACAAAAGGGCUAAAUGGCCUGCAAUUAUCAGAGAUGGGAAAUUUAUAUGUAGCAGGUGUUACAGGGCUUUUACUAAUCCCAGAUCUCUGGGUGGACACUUGUCUAAGCGAUCUUACUGUAAACCACUGGACGGGACAGAAAUUGCUCAAGAACUUCUACAGAAUAAUGGGCAACCUUCUCUUCUUGCCAGCAUGAUUCUCUCCACUAAUACAGUAAAUUUGCAGCAGCCACAACAAUCUACCUUUAAUCCAGAAACAUGUUUUAAAGACCCGUCAUUUCUUCAACUUCUUGCUGCUGAAAAUCGCUCUACAUUUUUACCAAAUACAUUUCCUCGGACAGGUGUGACGAACUUCAGUACAAGUGUUAGUCAAGAAGGAAGUGAAAUUAUUAAACAGGCUUUGGAAACUGCAGGUAUCCCCAGUUCAUUUGAGAGUGCCGAAAUGCUUUCUCACGUUCCAACAGGUACUUGUGUUUCAGAUGCAGCACAAGUAAAUGCACCAGUUAUGCCAAAUCCAGCUGUGCUGCCCCUGGUGCAGACUGUGUGUCCCUCAAAUCCCCUGCACCAGAGUCGGACACCAAACUCUAAAACUUCCUCCAGUGAGGAGUGCAGCAGUUUGCCUGUUUUUCCAGCAAAUAACAUGCUAUUGAAGACUGUUGAAAAUGGUUUGUGUUCUAAUUCGUUCCCUAAUUCUAGCGGGCCAGCACAAAAUUUUACAAAUAAUAGUUCCCGCGUCUCAGUUAUAAGUGGUCCUCAGAAUACAAGGGCCAGUCAUAUGAAUAAAAAAGGAAACAGUGCUUCUAAGAGAAGAAAGAAAGUUGCCCCUCCACUGAUUGCACCCAGUGCUUCCCAAAACUUGGUAACAAGUGACAUAACAGCAAUGGGACUUAUAACAAAGAGUAUUGAGAUACCAACUACUAACCUUCCUUCAAAUGUACUUCCAAAUUGUGAAUCUCAGGGUCUGGUGGAAAAUCUAACACAGAAGUUAAAUAAUGUUGACAAUCAGUUGUUUGUGACUGAUGUAAAAGAAAACUUUAAAACCGGUGUCGAUUCCCACACAGUGUUAGCUCCUUCUUUAACAUUAAAAGCUGAAAAUGGUGAUUCCCAAAUGAUGGCGUUGAAUUCAUGUACAACUUCAAUAAAUUCUGACUUGCAGAUUUCUGAAGAUAAUGUUAUGCAAAACUUUGAAAAGACUCUUGAAAUUAUUAAAAACGCUAUGAAUUCUCAAAUACUUGAGGUUAAAAGUGGAUCUCAGGGUAUUGGUCAAACAUCACAGAACACUCAGAUAAAUUAUAAUGUUCAACUUCCUUCAGUUAACACUGUACAAAAUAACAAACUACCUGAUUCUUCUCAGUUUUCCUCCUUCAUGGGUGUCUUGCCAACAAAAAGUAACAUUUCUCAAUCAGAAACAGUACCUAAAGAGGAUCAAAUACAAGAAAUUUUAGAAGGCUUACAGAGAUUAAAAUUAGAAAAUGACCUUUCCACUCCAGCAUCCCAGUGUGUGCUGGUAAAUACAUCAGUGACACUUACUCCUCCUCCUGCCAAAUUAAUUCCAAAUGCCACUGUUGUUCAGCCAGUUUCCGAGAUGAUAAACAAUGUUCAGUGUAAUGAAAGAGUUAAUAAACCUUUUGUAUGUCAAAAUCAAGGCUGUAAUUAUAGUGCUAUGACAAAAGAUGCACUAUUUAAGCACUAUGGUAAAAUUCACCAGUACACUCCAGAGAUGAUUCUUGAAAUUAAGAAAAAUCAAUUGAAAUUUGCUCCAUUUAAAUGUGUAGUGCCUACAUGUACAAAAACAUUUACGAGAAAUUCUAAUCUUCGGGCACACUGUCAGUUGGUACACCAUUUUACAACUGAAGAAAUGGUAAAGUUAAAAAUAAAAAGACCUUAUGGAAGAAAAUCUCAGAAUGAAAAUUCGUCAACCCCACGAAUUACACAAGUAAAAAGACAGCAAGCUAUGACUAUGACGGAGGAAAAUAAAAGGGAAUUUCAGCCUCCUUUAGAACUGGGAGCAGUGAAGGAAAAUGUGCUCAGUAAUGUAGCUGUGGUCCCAGAAAAGGAACUUACAGAAAAAAAAAGUCCUGAAAAAACAGAAAGUUCUUCACAGCUAGUUGCAGUUACUUCAGAACAAUGCAAUACAAAUUCUCUCACAAACAUACAAACCAAAGGACGGAAAAUUAGGAGAUAUAAAAAAGAAAAGGAGGAGAAAAAACGCAAGAAGCCAGUUUCCCAGUCCCUUGAAUCUCCAACAAGGUACAGCCCCUAUCGACCUUAUCGAUGUGUUCACCAGGGUUGUUUUGCUGCCUUUACAAUACAGCAGAAUUUAAUUCUGCAUUACCAGGCUGUACACAAAUCAGAUCUACCUGCCUUUUCUGCGGAAGUUGAAGAGGAAAGUGAAGCUGGUAAAGAAAGUGAAGAAAUUGAAGCUAAACAAACUGUGAAAGAAUUUAGAUGUCAAGUGAGUGACUGUUCUAGGAUUUUCCAAGCAAUUACUGGCCUAAUACAACACUACAUGAAACUUCAUGAAAUGACUCCUGAGGAAAUUGAAAGUAUGACUGCUUCAGUGGAUGUUGGGAAAUUUCCAUGUGAUCAGGUAGAGUGCAAAUCUUCAUUUACUACGUAUUUGAACUAUGUUAUUCAUCUUGAGGCAGACCAUGGGAUCGGGGCAAAGGGAAAUAAAACAGAAGAAGAUGGCAUAUACAAGUGUGAUUGCGAGGGCUGUGACCGUAUAUAUGCCACACGGUCUAAUCUCCUCCGACACAUAUUUAAUAAGCAUAAUGACAAACACAAAGCUCAUUUGAUUCGGCCCAGAAGAUUAACACCUGGCCAGGAAAAUAUAUCAAGCAAAGCAAACCAAGAAAAGACAAAAUCUAAAUAUCGUGGGACAAAGUAUAACAGGUCUGGAAAGGAAGGAAUCAAAAUGCCUAAGACCAAACGAAAGAAAAGAAAUAAUUUAGAAAACAAGAAUGCAAAGAUUGUGCAGAUUGAAGAAAAUAAACCUUAUUCUCUGAAACGUGGAAAACAUGUGUAUUCAAUUAAGGCUAGAAAUGAUGCUUUAUCUGAGUGUACGAGCAGGUUUGUAACCCAGUAUCCAUGUAUGAUAAAGGGGUGUACAUCAGUUGUUACUAGUGAAAGCAAUAUAAUUAGACAUUAUAAAUGCCACAAAUUAUCUAAGGCAUUUACUGCACAAAACCGCAAUCUUCUAAUCGUCUCCAAACAGUGUUGUAGUUCACAAGUAAAGGAAACUUCUGAGCCAGAAGUUGAUAAGAGUGAUGUGAAAAAUUCUGACACAUGUUUAUCUGAGAACAGUGAUAAUGCAGCAACAACUGCAGUUCCACAGAAGGACUCUGAAAAAAAGGAGAAGGAUGAAAUGGAUGAACUAACAGAAUUAUUUAUUACAAAAUUAAUAAAUGAGGACAACACAAAUGUUGAGACUCAAACUCAAACCUCUUCCAGUAUAAACAGUGAUUUUCAGGAAAAUGUCUCUAGCCAGUCAGAAAAGCAAAAACCAGUUAAUUUGAAGAGAGUUAAUAAAGAAAAAAAUGUUUCCCAAAACAAGAGGAGAAAAGUUGAAAAAUCUGAACCGGCAUCCACAGUUGCAUCAAGUAGUUUACACAAAGAAGAAGAAACUGCUGUUGCAAUUCAAACCACUGAGGACCAUCCUUCAUCGUUUGACUGGAGCUCAUUCAAACCGAUGGGGUUUGAAGUAUCUUUUCUGAAAUUCCUCGAGGAGUCUGCAGUGAAGCAGAAGAAAAAUACUGAUAAAGACCACACAAAUAGUGGAAAUAAAAAAGGGUCCCAUUCAAAUUCAAGAAAAAAUAUUGACAAAACUGGUAUGACUAGUGGAAAUCAUGUAUGUUGUAAAGAGAAUGAAAUCUUUGUACAGUUUGCAAAUCCAUCACAGCUUCAGUGCAGUAAUAAUGUAAAAAUUGUCAUAGACAAGACUCUUAAAGAUUGCACUGAGCUUGUCUUAAAGCAACUUCAGGAAAUGAGACCUACUGUCAGUCUGAAAAAACUUGAAGUACGUUCAUAUAAUCCAGAUGUAUCUGUUAUGAAAGAAAUCAGUGUGGGUAAAGCCACAGGGAGAGGGCAGUACUGAUAAGUAAUGUAUUAUAAAUACAUCAUUUACAAUUUAAUUUUUAAUUGGAAGCCAUCACGCAUGCUAGAUUUGUGAAACUUUUUUUGUUGACAUGAAUUAACCUAGACAGACAUACAAAAAGAAAAAAAAAUAUGACACGUGUUGUCAUGUAAAGCUUUUUUUAAUCCCUAUGGGACCUGAGGAAUAGAAUCAAUACUUUAGUUAUUGUAAAUAGUAUAUAGAUAGACCUCAGUUUCUAUCAAACAGUUGCCCUUUCUGUGAACUAAACUGAAUUAUCUGUGUGAUUGAUGUUUCACCAGGACACUGCUCAUGUAUACCAGUACUUUUUGUUUGUAGAUAAUCUUUUUUUGUAUAUAUUUAUUAUUGUAAAUCAUUUACUGCCACCAGCAGUCUGUAAGUCUAAACUAUUAAAUGACACAUUUAUAUUUGGAACUUUAAUUUUUAACUAAGUGAUCAACUUUUUAAAACUUAUUGUUUUAAAUUAAGAAUUUUUUAAAUUAAAUUAGAAACUCUGCUAUAGUUCACCAAUUUUUACAUAAACAUUUACAGGAUGAUCUCAGCAUUUUCACAAAGUUAGACACAUAUCAGCAUUUUGCUCUGCUUUGUAAAUUUACCAUCCAGGAUUUUAUGGUGGUAUUCAUGUGAAAUUAAAGCAGAUUCUUUGGCAGUUUCCUAUAGCUAUAGUUUUUUUUUUUUUAGUGCUUCUGAUUGGAAAUAGUUACUAUAAUUCCAUGAAAUAUAAUGGAAAUGUGAAUAAUGAAUUUAUUACAUUGAAGAUUUUAAACAUUUGUUAUAAAAAAAUCCUUUGUGAAUGUGAUAGAAACUAGUAGUGUGGAGCAAGUGUAAAUAUUGAGGUGGUGAUUUGUGAAGUAGCCCAGUAUUGCCUUAAAUAAAAUCACAUUUCAUUUCUUGUUUUA